AUGUCUGAUGAUGAUCUUUUCGAUUUAGUAUUUGAUGAUGAUGAUGAUGGUGGUGGUGGUGGUGGUGGUGGUGGCAAUGGUGGAAACAAUAUUGUUAAUCAACAUAAAACACAAUCAUCUGCAGCUGCUGUAAAGGCCCCUGCUUCAAGUCUUUUAAAUCACAAUCAACAUAAAUCACCAAUCCCUCCACAACAACAACAAAAAGAAAGAAUAUCUACUUUAUUGAUAAACAAAAAGAAUCAAUCAACAACCAUCCAACAAUCAACAACACCAACAACAAAUACCACUGAAAUUCAAAAGAGACAACAACAACAACAAAGUCAACAAGAAUACAGCCAAUAUACUAGUGAUGAAAUUCAAAACUUUCAACUCACGCAGCACUUGGAACGAAGGCAAGACCCAAUUGUCCCAAAGGUAGGGCUUAACCAAUCUAUCAAAAAUAAUAAUAAUAAUAAUAACAAUAAUAAUAACUCCAAUGUUCGAAACUCCAAUCAACAACAACCUCCACAACCCCUACAACAACAACAACAACAACAACAACAACAACAACAACAACAACAACAACAAAGACACCAACAACAAAGACAACAACAACAAUCACAAUCAGUUGAAGGGCCAUCAAUUGAAGAAAUAUCAGAUGAAGAUAGCAAUACAGACAAUUAUGAAUUAAAUAGCAAGAAACGACAAAAGAAUAAUAUCGGCAACAAAUAUUUGAAUCAAAACUCUUCUUUUUCUUCUACUUCUACUUCUUCAACUUCAUCAUUUUCUACAACCAAAGACACUGAACAAUAUGAUUUUAUUCCAUAUCAGCCACCUCCAAGGCAACAACCACAACUACUUCGAAAGAUACCAGGUCCAGCAGGAGACCUCCCUCCAUUCCCCGACGAUCAAUCUGGAGGAUCUCAAGCAUUAAAUGUUUUUAUGAGCAAGCUUAUUGGAAAUCAAUCGAUGCACAACUCACGCGAUUAUGUGCCCAAGGCUGAUUUUAGUGUUGGAUGUUGGCCAAGCAUGUUGAAACAUGGCGGAUUCCCUCCAUUCAAAUUAUUCAACCAAAACUAUAAUACUCAACCCAACAACAACAACAACAACGAUGGCACAUCUACUACUACCACGACUACGUGGGGUGACUCAAAACCUCUAAAAUAUAAUAUUGGCCUUAUACUUCGGGAGAGAUACUGUAAAAAAGUAUCGAGGCUAGUGGUUUUAAUUCGAUCGCUUGUGGCAACAGAUUCAGACUAUCAAUUGACGGUAGCCGAUCCAAGCGGAGAAAUUAGAGCAAUUAUUCAAAAAAGUGUAAUCAGUGAACACUACCCGGAAAUGGCUGCCGGUUGGAUUCUCGUUCUCAAAAAAGUCUCUAUAUUUGCUCUCUCUCCAACAUCACACUAUAUCAAUAUUGUAUUGCAAAAUAUAGAUUUUAUUUAUUCCCCAAACGACGAUGGCAUCGAUGAAGCAAUAGACCAGUUCAAACAGCUGGUUGGUAAUAAUACCUAUGACUAUACAUCAAUAUACAAUUUGGCGAGUUCAUCAUCCACAUCAACAACAACAAAACCAACACCAAGAAAAUUAUCGAAAAUGGCUACACCAAAUAAUAAUAAUAAUAAUAAUAAUAACAAACCCUCUGUUCCAACAAAGAAGAUUAUCAACAACAAAACCACAAAGACCUCGGCAAAUCAACCUAAAAUGCAACCACCUGUGGCUUCAAUGAAGGCCAAACCAACUGCAACAAAUUAUUCACAAGGUCCUAAUGAUAGUAAUAUCCCGCAACAACCUAUAUCUCCUAAACCAAAAAUAAUUAUACCUUCACCUCCAAACUAUUUUGUUAGUUCAACACAACAACAACAUCCACAACAACAAAAUCAACAACAAAAUCAACAACAAAAUCAACAACAAAGACAACCACCUCAACAACAAAGACAACCACAACCACCUCCACAACAACAACAACAACAACAACAAAGGCAACCACUUCAAUCACCUCAACAACCUCAACAACCUCAACAACCUCAACAACCUCAACAACAAAGACAACAACAACAACAACAACAACAACAACAACAACAACAACAACAACAACAACAAUAUGACGAUGACUUUUCUGAUGAUUUAUUUGAUUUUGAUGACAUCCCAUCACAAACCCCAUUUCCAGGCGAGAACCAACCCCAAAGUACUUUGGGAUCACAACAACCACCUCCACAACAACCAACAAAAUCCCUUUUAAAACCAAUUAGUCUCUCGUUAUCCAAGAAACCUGCUAUGGGAUCCAUACCAAAUUACACAAAAAAGUAA